UCUCCCCAAGGAUGCAAGUGCUCGGGGCGUUCGGGAGUCAGACUGGGAGGCAAUUCGGAAAAGCCCAGCCAGCUCCCCAAAGCAGACGCACGGCCGGUGUGCCGGCGCCCGUAUGCUGAAGACGACCCUGAGGCUCACGGACGCUCCCCCGGCUCCGGCCCGCGCUCCUCAUCUUCCUCCUCGUCCGGCCUGCGCCCGCCUCGGCGCCCCGCACGCCCCAGCCGGGAUGGGGGCGCCCGGACGGGGUCCCCGCGCGCCGCCGCCGCCGCUGACCGUGUGGGCGCGCCGGGGGGCGCUGCGCGAGCCCUCGGGGUGCGGCUCGUGCCUGGGGGCGGCGCUGGCGCUGCUGCUGCUGCUGCUGCCCGCCGGGCGGCCGGUGCGGGCGCAGAACGACACGGAGCCCAUCGUGCUGGAGGGCAAGUGCCUGGUGGUCUGCGACUCCAGCCCGUCGGCCGAUGGCGCCGUCACCUCGUCGCUCGGCAUCUCGGUGCGCUCGGGCAGCGCCAAGGUGGCCUUCUCGGCCACGCGCAGCACCAACCACGAGCCGUCCGAGAUGAGCAACCGCACCAUGACCAUCUACUUCGACCAGGUCUUAGUGAACAUCGGCAACCAUUUUGAUCUUGCCUCCAGUAUAUUCGUAGCACCCCGGAAAGGGAUUUAUAGCUUCAGCUUCCACGUGGUCAAAGUGUACAACAGACAAACCAUCCAGGUGAGCUUAAUGCAGAAUGGCUACCCCGUGAUAUCAGCCUUUGCGGGGGACCAGGAUGUCACGAGGGAAGCUGCCAGCAAUGGGGUACUACUGCUCAUGGAACGAGAAGACAAAGUACACCUGAAGUUGGAGAGGGGUAACCUUAUGGGUGGAUGGAAAUACUCCACAUUCUCUGGCUUCUUGGUUUUUCCUCUAUAAAGGUGGAGACCCCAGUCUGUGGGGUGCUGAAUACAGGACUCCCACCUUUCCUACCCACCCUAGACUGUCUGAAUAGGACUAUCUCCUCCAGUGUCUCCAACCUUCGACAGACCUUCGCAAUGGAAGAACAACGUCCAUCUGCAUCUCCAGAAUUUUCUCUGAAUAUAUUGACAAUGUCUUGGGAUCCCAGCCUCUAAUUAGUUUUAGGCGACAAGGUCUGAAGGAGAAGGAAUUAAUCGAUUUGAGCAAUUUGUACCUGUGAUUGUAAAGUCGAUACGGAUUUUAUGGUCUACCCUGUUGACUUCGCUUUCCUGGGACCCAUGUCAUGGCCUCACUGGGAGGAAUCCCGCAAAUCCCUCUGAGCUCAGUUUGCUCAGGACCGAAGGCAGGUGGCAGCGGACUCAGAAUUUGGGUCUCACAAACUUGUCACUCACCAGGACGGCCCUCGAACCAUGUUGUCUGUGUCUGUACAGCCUUAAGGAAAAGUGUGUCUUCAUCUUCAUUCUGUGUCUCCCCUCCUCUGGGAGAAAAGGGGGACUCGGGAGGGGGCUGGGGGCUUUGUGAAUCUGUCAAGAAGUGCUUUAUCCAGAGAAGCAAAGUUUGCACGAUUGGACUGUGACUUUUGUAUUGUUCGUGUGUGUUUUAUGAUUUAUUCUUUUCCUCGCAAAGCUUUAUUUUCAUUCCACUCUCUGGUCUCCUGCCUCGCCUCUAUUUCUCUCUAUCUCUUUUACUUUUUUUUUUUCUUGCUGGGUGGUCAAGGAGAUGAAACAGUUAUUGAAUUCCUGGAGGAGACCAAACAAACCAAUGAUGACAACAACAACAAACCCACAAACAAACAAACAAACAAAAAAUGGUGGGGCAUUUUGUUUAGAAUGAGACCAAACCACCAUAUGCUGAUGGCCAUGGAAGUGAAUGGAGAAAUGGCCAGUUCUGCUGCUUUUUUCCAACUGAUGCUUCCAUGCAACUGUCCCAAUUCACCACUUCACCACCUGGAUUUUUAUUUUUCAUACACGCUCUGGAAUACUUUGAGAACCUGCCAUUCCUGGAGAGCCUGAGUCAUUUCAAAGAACAGAAGCUUCGGUGACCUAUCCUCUAACACGGGAUACUGGGGACUCUCCAAUGCUCUGCUUUUGUGGAUUUGGAUUACUUUGGUUUGAGCACAACAAAUCAGGGCCUUCAAGGCAGCAGGUUUUGCUCUUGCCCCUCUAUCAGGACUUUCCUCUGAUGUGCCUGGAAUGGGGACCUGGUAUUUUCAGCCAAGGCUGGGUUGGACAUAGCCUGGAAGUGCCCAGGAUGAUGGGUGACCUAGGAUUCCCAGGAGGAGUAUUUCCAGAAUGUGCUCCAGGUUCCUGGUGUGAUGGCAUGGCUCAAGUGGCUGUGGGGAGUGGAGGGGUUCAGGAUUGGUGUGCCAAGGACAUGUCACUAACUCCAAAGCAAUCAAAGAAGAGACCUCAAACCGGAUAUUCUCUUGUCCUUUGUGUAAUGAUGUAACCAAAAUAUUGAUGAUACAAAAUCCUCAUUUAAAAUUCAGAAUAAAUGGGUUUGAUGUC